CCCCCCUCCAACAUUCCACCCCGUCCCGUCUUGGCGCGCGACACUCUUGUAUUCGCUCCGUCAUCACACGUCCCGUGCUUGAUCGACCUGCUCGUGGGCCAAGCAAAUCCUGAGCCCAGCCUGAGCCAGCGCCCAGCUUUAUUAUGCCCGACGAGGGUUUCUCCUCACCGACCGCUUCUCGCAGAGGGCGACGCCGCACCAGGCGGCCAUUAUCGGCAAAUACACCAUCGCGCCUGCCCGCACCAUCCACGGGGCUACUAUCGUUGCUAGCCGCCGUCGCCUCCGCAAACGGCGCACACGGAAGCCCGACUCCCCCCUCCUUCCUCUGCCCCGGGUUGGGCACAGACGAGUGCGCGACCAGCAGCACCGCACCCAUCACACCCCACCGCAAGCGCAGCAGCAGCAGCAAGCGAAAAGUCGACCGCAAGAUCCCAGACAAGUACGAGGAGGGCGAAGACGGGGUGUGGAGAAAGGUCGAUUACUCGCUUCACGGCGGAGGGAGCUGUUCUUCGGCUACCAGCACAUAUCUCGACGACGACACGAAGUUUUCCGUAUCACCCACAUCGUCCUCCACAGCAUCUGCCACGUCCUCAGCAGUAUCAUCGGCCGACAUGGCAGAGGCAUCAACCCAUCUGCUGGACACCCUACCGAAUGGCUGGAAGCCAACCGCACGCGCGUCAUCGAGCAGGACGACCCUCAUCCUCGCACUAUCCCUUGCUCUUGCCAUCUGUGUCUGCGUCUUCAUGAUAGGAUGCAUAUUCUGGCGACGGGGGAGCAGGCGAAAGGGGCGAGAAAAGGACAUGGAGAUGAAGCUUCGACGGCGACGGCGUGAUCCAGAGGAGGAAGAAGCACUCGCUGCACGCCAGGAAGCUGAAGUCAAGCAACGGACUAUAACACGGCUCAUAUCUCGCUGGAAAGCCAACGCACGGUCCUCAGCUCGAUAUCGACGUAGCCGGAAGGUGCUCAGGGCCCUGCACGCUAAUUCCGCCACGGCACAUUCUACCCCCUCGGACGACGAGGCGCCACGAUCGCGUUCGCAAUCGCCGUCUUCCCUCCGCACCUCAACGACAUCUUCCAGAUCUUCAGCUAUACAAUCGGACGGCAACUCCGUGGUAGCUGAAGCCCAGACUACUGCUGUAGACCUGCAGCCUCCUCCCCCUCUUCCUUCCCAUCAACCUGAUGCGCUCGCACUGCCCCCUGCAUACCGUCGCCGCACCCCGCCUCCCUCAAUCUCCACUACGUCCGAUGAAUUUGACAGCGGCCCUUCCGACGUCAAAUCGCCGGUCUUGUCGCAGGAUCAUGCCUACACUCAUGAACCGUCCAACCUUGCGCCACCGAGCCCUUUCGGCGAGUCCAGCUCGCACUAUAACCCCCUGCAUGCGGCCCACGUCGCUACGGACGACAAGGCGCUCCUAGCGCAGCUCGCCCGUCAGGCCAGCGCGCCUCCCGCGACAGCCCAGCGGGCCGAGCCGUCCCCGUACAGCGCGCCACUCUGGGUAGACGAAGAACUCGAGAACCUCGCAGACGUCAUGGAACCCGCGGGAGGGCGUGAUAGCCCAGAUUCGUACAGGGCUGCCGAGGGAUCAGGGGGCGCUUUCCCCGACCCGCCAUCGAAGGGGCAGAUGGCGGCGCUCAUGGACUCCCAGGACUAUGAGUAUCACGACGUCUUCCUGGACGCGAUGCCGGCACCCGGGCCCAGCGCGCCGCCGUUUGACUUUGGGGCUGAGCUUCCGGAUGCGCGGGAGGGUCCCUCGGUACUUCCCAGCGCGCCACCUCUGUUCGAGGAUGUGGGCGAGGAAGGCGAGGUGCUUAUAGGGCCAGAAGCAUCGCUGCGGCCUUCCGCGCCACCCCUGGAUGACAGCGAGGUACCGCCUACAGAGUUGGCAGAGGCGACCGCACCGGUGGGGGUCGACGAAGAGGAGCUGGAGUAUGGGGAGUCGGACGGGGAGGGGAAAGGGCCGGACGUUGGCGGUACGGACGCGGGAGAAGCAGCGGGAGAUGGGGGGCAGGGCCACGACAGGCAAACCACCUCAGUGACAGGGGAAGACCAACCGUCAGGUCAGCAUCAUGGAUAGUUCAUUCGCUUUCCCUCGCUAUGCAUGUAUGUAUCGGAGCAGUUCUUGCAGUGUAUCAUACGCCCUUAUGUUCUACGAUUAGCGUAGUCCUGGCGGUUCGCCCGCCUUUCGUACUC